AUGGAGAUAGAUUCUCGAGUCAAAGGGACGGGGGUGGUCAGGGUGGAAAUUCUGGUUCUGGUGGUCACGGUCAUUGGAACAGGCAGUCAUCAUUUGGUAGUGGAGGAGGGUCAGGUGGUUCUUUCCGAUCUCUUCCCAAAAGGCAGACACCGUGCCCAUACCAUAUCAACGGGCAUUGUAAGAAGGGUGCUGCCUCAAAAUAGUCCUCCCCCAACCGACCCUGGUGGUGGGCCAAUCAGUGUAGCUGGCCAUGAGAUGGGUGCUCUUAUUGCUGCUUUUACGGAAUUUUAG